GAGGACGAGCUGGAGAGCGCUCUGAUUGACAUCAUGAUGUGUGCAGUGAGACAGGCUUCUGAGGCCAUGCCUCCCAGCUCUCGAGUGCAGAGGAAGAACCUGACGGCGCGGGAGAAGAGGCUUCAGGCUCAAGAGCGAAGACGCAUCACAAACCAUUUCAUCCCCGUGCUGCCUCAGUUACUGGCUAAGUUCUCGGCAGACGUUGGGAAGGUGAGCUGUUUGCUCCGAGCGCCGCUGUAUUUCCAGCUGGAGGUUUACGGCACAUCAGGACGCCUGGAGAAAAGUCUGGACCUGCUGCUGUCUCAGGUGUGUGACAUCAUGCUGAAGCACCGCGAGGAGUGUGUGUUAGAGGCUUGUGUGCGUGUGUUGUGUGCCUUGUGCAGUGAUUGCUACAGCUUCUGUGGUCGAGCCGAGAGAGCCGUCAGUCAGCUGCUGGAUUCAACCGUGGAGAAAUUCAGCUCAAACCUGGCUGAGAUACUGCAGGGAUCGGCUGAUGAAGAUGAUUUGUAUGGAGCUGCUUCCUCUCUGAACAUUCUAGCCAUCUUCAGCAGUGCCAGAGAUUUGACCGGAAGGAACCUGUUUGAGUUCUGCUUUCAGCUGCUGAAGAUGGGAAUAGAGACGAGAGAAAUCAACGAGAAGCUGAUGGUUCCAGCUCUUAAGUGUUCAGUCUUUCAUCUGUUCUGGAAAGGAACGAAGAUCAAGCAACACUCUCCAGCAAGAGACAAGGCGGAGCUGAAGCGUGUGAUGAAGGCUCUUCACUCGUUCUGUGUGGUGUGUCAGAGCUGUCUGUCCGUGGCUCAGAGUCGCAUCAGGAACCAGGCGUUUGUGUGUCUGUGUGACGUGCUGCUCGUCUUCGGGAAGCUGUGUGAAGGAGACGGUUCUCCGCUGCAGCUCUUCAGUCCUGACGACUCUCUCAAAGCAGAAAUGGCUUCCUUCAUCAUCGACUACGUCUUCAGCGAGCCUGACGAGGAUCUGGCUGGUGAGGAAGAGUGUGAGGAGAUGAAGAUGGCUGCUUUGCUGCAGAAGAGGAAUCAGCUGGCUGGAUACUGUAAACUCAUCAUAUACGGAGUCCUGGAGCUGCGAGCCGCCACAGACAUACUCAAAUACUACAAUAAGUUCUACAGGGAUUUCGGUGACAUCAUCAAAGAGACUCUCAGCAAAUCCAAGAUGAUCAGCUCAGUGGAAAGUGCCAGGACUGUGUGCUUGUGUCUGCAGCAGCUCUUCUCUGGGCUGGAGCAGGACAGGCGUGAUGAGGAGUUGUCAGAGAUCAGAUUGCUGGCGAAGAAACUGGCGAUGAACUUCAGCAUCAACCUGCGUCUGAUCCGUAAACCACUGCUGGCGUUACACCAGGAUGGCAUCCGUUUCGCGAGUCAAGGGCUUGAUAAGGGAGACCUGAUGAAUUUGAGUUUUCUGGAGAUUCUGAGUGAAUUCAGUUUCAAAGUCCUACAGCCUGAGUGCAAGCAGCUGUUGCUGUAUCUGCGCCGUGUGUUUGCCUCCGUGAUCAACAGUGAGUUUGUGAAGAUGUACGAACGAUCGCUGACUUCAGGAUCGAAAGAAACUCCAGCAGCAGCAGAAAAACCCAGCAGGAAACGCAGACGCACACACAGUAAGUACACACACUAACACACACACACACA